UUUGUUGUUGUUGUUUGCAGGCACCUCAAGUUUCUUUAAAGCUUUCUUCCCCUGUCUCCUUUGUUGUGUUCAGCAUUUUCAUUAUUGGUUGUGAGUUCGAAACGGCGAUGUUCCAAGGUUGGAACGCGUUGUUGGCUUCGGUCUGGGGCUGUUGUCUGAUAGGGUUUACUUGGGGACAGCUGUCGGACAGUCCCGACGUUUUGCGAAACUGGUGCCUGGAUUCCGAUUAUCACAAGCCGCAACCCGGCCCAGAACCACAGUUGUUUUCUGAGUGUUCCCCGUGGAAGGAAAGAUCUUGCUGCAACGCGACUGUGUCAAAGCUCAUCCACCACAACGUGAAGGUCUGGCAUGGAUUUCAGUUCCGACAUUGUCCACCGCAAGUGUCCAGCGAAUGUCUGAGGUUUUUCCGGCGGGAUUUCUGCUUUUACGAGUGUUCUCCGAACCUUGGGCCGUGGGUUGAAUUCGAAUAUGCGAGAAAAUCGCGACAGCAGCGAUUCAGGAAUGUGCCGCUGUGUGCUUCGGAGUGUGAAGCCUGGUUCCACGCCUGCAAAGACGACCUAACCUGUGUGCGAAACUGGGGCUCCGAGUUUGAUUGGAUAGAAGGGACGAAUCGUUGUCCGGAGAAUGCCAAAUGCCAACUGAUCCGUGAUACUUAUGCCGAUGCUAAAGAUUUCUGCGAAACGGUGUGGGACAAUGAUUUCAAGUACACGCCCGACAACGAACCCUGCAUGGUGCUUUCGUUUGACCCUUCUUCAGGGAAUCCGAACGACAACGUAACCGAGGCUGCGAUAUCACGCCACAUGAACAGCAUAAAUUCCAUGCUCAACAGACAGCGGAUCAUGGAACGGUCCUUUUCUUGCAGGAUUUCGCCGUCGAUUGCUGUUUCGAGGGGAAUCCCGAAACUGGUGUGUGAUUUUUCGUUCCGCGAAUUCGACAAAAUGAGGCAGCUGAAGGGAAAGCCAAAGGAGACCCCGAGGCAGAAAAAGGAGCGAAAACAGGAUUUCUCCCCAGAAAAUCAGCACAAAGCAUUGCGAGUCGCCCUGCCGAUAUUCGUUGGAUUUUGGGUCCUGAUCGGAAUCUUCAUUUACCUCAACACAAGGCCAAAGCACUGA